UUUAAACUCUUUUAACAACAUUAACACUCCACAGGUCCCCGCUCCUCAUAACUCGAUGUCCCUUCUUCCCGACAAAGAGGGAAGCUCCGCUCACUCGGGCUGCUCGGUUAAAAUAUCAAGCCAACCCCUUGGUUCCUCCUGCCGUGACGCACAGAUCCCGGCGAGUCCGUUCAGCUCAGCUCGGAACCGUCCGGAGCAACAUGCAGGAUGGCGAGUUUGGAGACAGCCGCCGAGCACGAACGUAUCCUGCGGGAAAUCGAGAGCACAGACACCAACUGUAUUGGACCGACACUCCGGUCAGUGUACGAUGGUCAGGAGCAUGGCCUGUUCAUGGAGAAGCUGGAUGCUCGGAUCAGGAACCAUGAUCGGGAGAUCGAGAAGAUGUGUAACCAUCACUUCCAGGGGUUCGUGGACUCCAUCACAGAGCUGCUCAAAGUGCGAGGAGAGGCGCAGAAGUUGAAGAGUCAGGUGACUGAGACUAACAGGCAUCUUCAGGAAAAUGGCAAAGAGCUCACCACCUCCAUGGAGGAGCUCAGACAGUGUCGGGUACAACAGAGAAACAUCGCCACCACGAUAGACAAACUGACGCACUGCCUACCAGUUCUUGAGAUGUACAGCAGACUUCAGGAGCAGAUGAGGGCCAAACGGUACUACCCUGCACUGCGAACGUUAGAGCAGCUGGAACAGACGUGUCUUCCCAAAGCGGGUCAGUACCGGUUCUGCUCCAUUAUGGCUGAAAACAUCCCCAAACUGAGGAUACAGAUCCGCGACACGGCCAUGUCACAGCUGAGAGACUUCCUGGAGAGCAUUCGGAAACACUCGGAUAAGAUAGGAGAGACCGCCAUGAAACAGGCCCAGCUACAGCGCUCGCUGGACAGCUCCGUUUCACCUCAGCCGAGGGUCCUACUCGGCCGGCGCGGCAGAAAGGGGCGCCGGCGGCAAUUCGGGCUGGUGGGUGUCAAUCCGCUGUCAGAACACGACACGGGAAUUCUGGAUGUGGAGGAUGAAGAGGAGGAAGAUGAAGUCCCAGGAGCUCAGGACUUGGUGGAUUUCUCUCCAGUUUACCGCUGUCUGCAUAUCUACACUGUGCUGGGUUUGCGUGAUGUGUUUGAGAACUACUACAGAAAGCAAAGGAGGAAACAGGCCCGCCUCGUACUGCAGCCCCAUUCUAACAUGCAUGAAACUCUGGAGGGAUACCGGCGGUACUUCAAUCAGAUUGUUGGCUUCUUUGUUGUGGAGGAUCACGUCCUGCACACCACACAGGGUUUGGUCAACAGAGCAUACGUAGAGGAGCUUUGGGAGUUGGCGCUGUCCAAAAUAGUCGCUGCCCUGAGGACGCACUCUUCAUACUGUGACGACCCUGACCUGGUGCUGGAUCUGAAGAACCUCAUUGUCCUGUUUGCUGAUACUCUGCAGGGUUAUGGUUUCCCUGUGUCUCAGCUGUUUGACAUGCUGCUGGAGAUUAGGGAGCAGUACGGAGAAAUCUUGCUCAAGAGAUGGAACAUCACCUUCAGGCAGGUGAUAGACCAGGACAACUACAGUCCAAUCCCAGUCUCAACGGAGAAGGAGUACAGACAAUACACUUCCCAGUGUCCCUUUCAAGACCCCGAACUGGAAAAGCUUCCCUUCCCAAAGAAGCUUCCCUUCUCAGAGUUUGUGCCAAAAGUCUACUGCCAGCUAAAAGAGUUCAUCUACGCUUGUCUGAAAUACUCUGAGGACCUUCAUCUCAGCUCCACGGAGGUAGACGAUAUGAUCCGCAAGUCGACAAAUCUGCUGUUGACCAGAACUCUUAGCCACUGUCUGCAGUACGCCAUUAAGAAGAAGAAUGUCGGACUGGCAGAGUUGGUGCAGGUGAUCAUUAACACCACUCACCUGGAGCAGAGCUGCCACUUCCUGGAGGAGUUCAUAUCAAACAUAACCAAUGUUCCUCCUGACACAGUAAAUGCUACCAAGCUGUACGGCACCUCCACCUUUAAGGACGCUCGUCACGCCGCAGAGGCGGAGAUCUACACCAGCCUGAAUGCAAAGAUUGACCAGUUCCUGCAGCUGGCUGAUUACGACUGGAUGGCUGCGGUGCCCGGAGGCGAGAAUCUGGCUGCCAGCGACUACCUGAUUGACCUGAUUGCUUUUCUCAAGAGCACCUUCAGUGUCUUCACCAACCUGCCUGGUAAAGUAGCGCAGACUGCGUGCAUGUCGUCCUGUAAGCACAUCUCCACCUCCCUGAUGCAGCUCCUGCUUGACCCGGAGGUCCGACAGAUCUCCAUGGGCGCGCUGCACCAGCUCGACACCGACGUGAAGGAGUGCGAGAGUUUUGCCAGAGCCGGCCCGGUCGCAGGCUUCCAGGGUGACACGUUGCUUCUGGCCUUCAGUGACUUGAGACAAUUACUGGAUUUGUUCACCCAGUGGGAUUGGUCAACCUACCUGGCUGAUUACGGCAAACCCACCUGCAAAUACCUGAGAGUCAACCCACACACUGCACUGGCACUGCUGGAGAAGAUGAAGGAGACGAGCAGGAAGAACAACGUCUUCGCCCAGUUCAGAAAGACGGAUAGAGACAGGCAGAAGCUCAUCGACACCGUCAUCAAGCAGCUACGCAACCUCAUCGCGCAGCACCACACCUAAAGCAAGCCGCACAAUUGGCCAACAACCCCACGAGGCUGAUCUAUGCACCUUAAGUUAAAAAAAAAACUUCAAAAAGCAACAGCAAAUUAGGCAGUCUAAAACUGGAAGAAGCACACCGGAUGAUAAGCUUGCAGUCUGAUUAGAGUUAAUGGUUACAUUUUGGCUGAAGACAACCAUGUAAGAAACUGUCCAGCGUAGCAUGUUAGCUGGAAUGACAUCCUUUUAAAAGCAGUGUUGUACAUCCUGAAAGUUCAGUUUUAAUCCAGCCAUCUGGAUCUGGUUAGAUAACCAUACAGGCUUCUCAAAAUUUAAUUCCAUGUCCACACGUCCUACCGACCUAUAAACAGAAGUCUGGUGCCAUGUUAUAUUUUUCUUUAGUACAGAAAAAGAUCAAAACGAACAACAAACUCAUCUUUCUAACACUGUUUACUCGUCUAGUAGAGCCAUUUGCAAUAAAUGGCGGAAACCUGCUGAGCCUUCGUUUUUUAAAGUUCAAUAAUAUUUCCCACUGAUUUCCACCAAUUAUCGUCUCAGUAGUUAGAAAAGGUGUCAGGAGGUCUUUAGUUACCAAACGAUAGAUUAAAACUUUGUCGGUUUUGGUCUUUUCAUGGUAUUCGUUGAUGAGGAGGAAAUGUAGGAGCCCGUCGGCUAUUACGUGACAAUUUUGGCUUCAAGCUUAAUGUUUUUGGGACUUCUGUUGUAGCUCUUCGAUAUCUGGGCCAAGGCUUUCUGUUCUCUGCCCCAGGCAUUGUUUGCAGUCCAACAAUUAAGGCUUAAUUGUCUUCAGACUGUUUGGUCAGUAGAAACAGAAACCAGAAAACUUCGAUCCAUCUAUUUUCUGCAGCUUAUCCUGGAUCGGUCAUGUGGGCUGCAGUCUAAGCAGAGACACCCAGACCUCCCUCUCCUCAGCCAGCUCCUCCAGCUCUUCUUGGCUGACACUUUCGUGUUCCCAAGCUGAGAGACAAGCUCUCCCUCCUAUCAGAUAGCUCAACCAUCUCAACUGGCUCCUUUCAUUGUAGAGGAGUGUUUGUUGAAUGACCGAGCUCCUCAAUCUGUCUCUAAGAGAGAGCACAGACAGCCUUUGGAGGGAGCUCAUUUCUGCAUGAUCGCCUCCUUUCGGACAUUUUCCGCAGGUCAUGGCAGCAGAUGAGGGUAGGAACAGAGACUGAACAGUAAAUUAACAGCUUUGCUUUUACAGUUUCAGAAAAGUUAUGGUACCAAUAUCUUCUCCUAACACAAAGUAUAUUCACAAGUUUUUUCCCUGGCUCUGUAACCCCAGUUACAGAGAACUAGUGUAUUUUCUUUGGCUCUGCCUUAAACCUCACGAUGUUCAAGAAAAAAUCUACAUCAUCACCAACUUCUGCCUUUAACUGGACCUGAUGUUCUUCAGCCUGGAAGGUUUCUGACUUUGGUCUCUUUAGGAGCACAAGUGAUAAUGAAAUUGAUCAUUUCUCUUUUAUCAUGCAGCUAAAAGGAAAAAAAAUGUAACGUUACAAAUAAAUCUACACCUGCUGUCAUCCACUGCUCUCAGAUCAAAUGUUCUCCAUCAUCUUUGAAGCUUGAAAAAUGCGUUUCCAGUUGCUGGAUGGUUGCUAUCGAUCCAUUUGUGGGUCUACGUAGUGGGAAUGAGAGUUAAUUUUGGCUUAAAAGUUUUGUGAGGGAAUUGUGUACAAGAAACUUUGGCUUUAAUGUCUUCCGCAUCACUCUCCGUCACUGUGGCGUGAUAACAACGCAUUGAAUGUACAUCACAGAGGGUCGCCUCCCAUGGCUGAAUGUCUUUCUGUUUUUUUCAAGGUUGUGAAAAAGCUGGAAAAGCACUGAAAACAAAAACAAGAUAUUAGUGAAAAUGAACAGAAUGUUACUGCCUUUAUCUUCUAACAGAAGGGGGGAUAUUGGCGCAGCUUGGUAACCCAUUUCCCCUCUUAGUAUAUACAACCUGCAGACACUUGAAUCUUGAUUUGGCAACCUUAUUUCCUUUGGUAGCACAGUGCAUGUUGGGGGAUUUAAAGGUGUGUGUGUGUGUGUGAGUGAUGGUGGUGGGGUCUCCCAACAUGGCAACGCAUUCCCUGUACAUUUUAAGUGAAACUUGAUUUGGAAUGGAAGGGACAUCGCUUGGGUGUUUUCUUUGUUGUAAUGUAUUACAAAAACUAGGUCUUAAUGGGGGCGGGGGGGGGGGGGUAAUGCUCCAACAUUGCAACUUGCUAUAAAAUGUGUAGUUUGCUUGCCACGUGGUUUGGAAAGAUUUAUAUGUAAACCGCUGUAGACAGAUGUGUGUCUUCCAUGAACAUAUGCCAAGCUGUGUGUGCGAGUGUGUGUAGAGCGGCUACUUUUACACGCAAGCUUAAAUAAUUGAAGCACAAUACUUAAUUCCUUUCACACUAGAUCGUCUUUGAAACUAACGGGGGUCUUUUCACUCUUUGUAUAACUUUUCUUUCUUGAACUCGGGUGCAAUAAUGACAUUGGAAGAAACUGCAGCAGGUGUGCGUGUGUGCGCAUUAAUCAUAUAGGGAUUAUAAAUAGGGAUUUACAAAGGGAAUGCUAACCUGGUGUGGGUGGGUGUCUGAAGGGAAAAAGUGUCUUCCUUCCCAUGCUCAUGAGUGUGUUGUUUCACUUGUGCAUGGCAGCACUGUGCUUUUUUCUUUUUCUUUGUUUUUAAAUAGUUUUUUAGGUUUUUUGAUUCAUUAUUAGCUGUGCAUCUUUUUUGGGGGGGUUGUUUUUGUUGUUGUUUGUUUUUUUUAGAAAGGGAACGAGGCCGUCGUUAUUGAAUGUGCCUUUUGCUGUAUUUUGUUGUUUUUCCUGCCAAUAAAGCAGCCGUGUGCAGCUGUGGUGUUUGGACUCUGGAAACACUUCAUUCUUUACAAAAAAUUAACUCAAAAUCUGCAAAAUCUUUCCGUUUUUUUACAGUGUGUUUUUGUUCUGCUUUCUUUUCUGCAAUAUUAUUUAUAAUGCUGUUUUGAAGCUUUUAUGUUAAUACCCUGGACUUGCACAGUUUAUUAUGAUCACAGUGAAGACUGCUUUGCAUUUUCUAAAUAACUGAAGGCUAUUUUCUUUUAUUUAAGACAGCUGGGCAUCUACUAAAUUCACAAAAACUACCUUUAUUAUAAAAAACAUUUGUCAUAGUUCUAAGAGAUCUACAAAACAUUUCUUAGUAUUCCUAAUGUAAUUGCAAUAGACUGUAUGUAAAAGAUGAACAUUGCCACUGUGGUACCACCUCUUGAUUUUUGGACUAAGCAUUUUAAAGCAUUAAUAUUUUAGUUGUCACUAUGUUGGGGUUUUUGGCGUCACAUAGCUCUUUUUUUCCCAGCUACUAGGAGUGCUAAGCUAACAGCUAAUGCUAGCCAGCAUUCAUAAACAGAGAUAAAUAAUGCUAAAAAACAGAGUAAAAAAAGGCUUCACUCAAACUUCCAGGAAACCUUACACCACACAGCAGGUCAUAAUAUAUGUCAGAUAAUUUCAUUAAAAAUACAUCAGAAAGCACAAACACCGUGGAGAGGUGCAGUUUAGUCAUUCAGAUUAGCUGAGGUCAAGCCUAGCUAAUCAAAGUAGACAAACUUUAAACCUUACCGCUAUACAAAGAGAGAGUUUAGAGAAAUGGAAGUCUAUGAUGAGUGACCUUCUAGACUGAGCCUUAAGUGGCCAUUAGAGGAACUGCUGAUAGUUGCUUGAUGUUUAUAUUGUUUAAUUUAAGACAUAAGAAAUACAUUUUUGUGUUAGUGCCACUGUCCCCGUUUCAAUUUAAAACUCUCUUGGUAUCCAGAGUCCACACACUGCAGAUGUUGUUGCUAAUUUGUUUUUUGGUUUUUUGUAAAGCAGAUGUUGUUAUUGAGACUCUGUACACGCUGUUGUAUUAAACCACUAAUGAAUGAAACAAAAUACUAAUAAAAUUAUGACAAAUGCCAACAGAUGAAUAUGGAAUAAAUGAAAAACUGUUGAACA